ACAACCAAUCACAAGUCAGAUCCGAAGUCCUUUUAAUUUUGUUCCUGGUAGCCAAACCAAACCAAACCGGCUCCGACGAUGUUACCCACUUGGCUCAGCCCUGUCUCCUUGUACGGCGGAUUCCUCCGGCGAUGUCUCUCCGCCGCCGGCCUCACUUCACAGACCCUGGACAUCGAUGACGAAACUACCCUCCACUUUUGGGGCCCGAGCCCGAACUCAUCGUCGCCUGAAAAGCCCGCGCUCGUCCUCAUCCACGGCUUCGGGCCUCACGGCGUCUGGCAAUGGCGGCCGCAGAUCUCCUUCUUCGCCAACGAUUACAACGUUUUUGUCCCCAGCCUCGUCUUCUUCGGCCGCUCCCACACCAAAUCCUCCGACCGCUCCGAACUUUUUCAGGCCAAGUGCGUGGGGAAGUUGCUGGAGAAACUCGGCGUGGAAAAAUUCUCGAUGGUCGGAACUAGCUACGGCGGCUUCGUGGCGUACCACAUGGCGAGGAUGUGGCCGGAGAGAGUGGAGAAGGUGGUCAUCGCCAGCUCCGCCAUUAACCUGAAGAAGCAAGACAACGAGGGGCUAAUUAAGAGGGCCAACGCCGGCAGGGUUGAGGAUGUGCUGCUGCCGGCGACGGCGGAGCAGUUACGGACGUUAAUGUCUCUCUCUUCUUUCCGGCAGCCGCCUGCAUUCCUCCCAGAUUUCAUCUUCAACGAUUUCAUUAGUAAAUUAUACCUUCAAAACAGGAAAGAGAAGUUAGAACUACUGCAAGGAUUGACUCUCGGAAGAGAUAACAAUCCCAACAUCAUCCCACUUCAACAGGAAGUGUUGAUAGUAUGGGGGGAGUGUGAUCAGUUAUUUCUAUUAGAGAAGGCGACACAACUCAAAGAACUUUUUGGUAAGGGGACUAGAUUGGAGAUAAUUAAGAGCACCUCACAUAUACCCCAUAUCGAGCAUGCCUCCCGAUUCAACAACAUUGUUAAGGAUUUCCUACGUGGUCCAAAUUGAUUGGUGGAAUGUGUAUUUAAAAUUACAAUUUAUAUAUGUAACUUAUUAUAUUGUGGAUUUUCUAAAAUUUUAAUAUCUACUUAA